ACCUAAGUGUAGAACUUCAUGGAAAUGUUUCGUCUUCCUCAAGUAGUGAAAGUUUCGGGACUCUGGUCCCUGGUCACCGCUCGGAUAAUGCGGCCAGAUGACGCCAACAUUGUUGGUAAUGUCCACGGUGGCACAAUCUUGAAGAUGAUAGAGGAAGCUGGGUGCAUCAUAGGAACACGCCACUGCAACAGUCAAACUGGGGAUCGCUGUGUUGCCGCCCUGGCGAGAGUGGAACGCACUGAUUUCCUGUACCCAAUGUUCAUCGGCGAGGUGGCUCAUGUGAGUGCUGAGAUCACCUACACCUCUAAGCGUUCUGUGGAGGUGCAGGUCAACGUGGUGUCUGAAAACAUACUUACAGGUUCCAAGAAGAUGACCAACAAGGCAACACUAUGGUAUGUCCCCAUCUCACUUCAAAACGUGGACCGAAUUAUUGAAGUCCCAGCCAUAGAGUACUCCAGGCCUGAACAGGAGGAGCGGGGUAAAAAGAGGUACGAGGCUCAGAAGCUUGAACGAAUCGAGACGAAACAGCGGAACGGCGAGAUCAUCACACCAGUUUCUCUCCCUGAGCCUUUUACUGUUGGAUUCAGCCAGUCGAGUCUGAUUCACCUCAUUGGUCCUUCAGAUUGUACUCUACUUGGAUUUGUGCAUGGUGGUGUGACCAUGAAACUGAUGGAUGAAGUGGCAGGAAUAGUGGCUGCCCGUCACUGCAAGACCAAUAUUGUGACCGCAUCUGUGGACGCCAUCAACUUUCACCGCAAGAUCAAGAAAGGUUGUGUGAUCACUGUGUCUGGGCGAAUGACCUUCACUAGCAACAAGUCAAUGGAGAUUGAGGUAUUUGUGGAUGCUGAUCCAUUGGUAGAGACAGAGAAUGGGAAAUAUCGAGCUGUCACUGCUUUCUUCACCUAUAUUUCACUGGACAAAGACAACAAGCCAUUGCCAGUGCCGCCGCUAAAGCUGGAAAACGAAGAGGAGCGAAAGCACUUCGAGGAUGGAAAAGCGAGGUACCUCCAGAACAAAGCCAAGAGACUCGCAGAUAAGGAGCAGAAACAAUGACACAUUCACCUGUGCAACUUUAAUAUGAUAAAGUAGAGAAAUAUUCUUGUAGAAUGUGAUCCUAAUUCUAUUAAAAACCUCUCUUUAACUAGAUAUAUCAAAAUAUUCUUAUACUUGUCACUGCUGCAUAGCGGAGCACUGUGUGUAUGUUGAUGUCUGAUGGAACGGAUGGAACCCCAAAUCAGAAAAAGUUGGGACAGUGUGAAAACUUUAUUUCAUUGCAGACAUAAUGAACCUGAGAUAUUUUCUUUCUUAAUUUACAUCCAUUACUGCAUUUAGGCCUGCAACACAUUCCAAAAAAAAGGAAUGAGAACAAGGGACUGUGGCCCUCCCUUUAUACUGCUCUAGUCACAUAAAAUUGGGUGUUGGACUUGGAAACCUCCAUUCUGUGCUAAUUGUUCUUUCUUAUCUGCUUACAACAUUUUACAACAGCUUAACGACAGACAUCCUUGUACUUUAGACUUCCAGCCACAUCUCAAGCCACAUAAAUAAGGAUUUAAUGCACAAACAGCAUAAAACUAAUAUUCAGGCUAUGUUAAGCAGGUAUGAUGAACCCCAAACAGUGGCAGGUAUUCCACAGCCAUGCCUUUGUAAUGUGUGCAGCAUGUGGUUUUGCAUUGUCUUGUUGAAAAAUGCAUGGACGUCCCUGCUCUAAGGUCUCAAUGUACUUUUCUGCAUUAAUGUUGCCCUCACAGAAGUGUGAAUGACCUUUGCCAGGGGCACUGACACAGCCCCAUACCAUGACAGACCCUGGCUUUUGAACAUGUUACUGAUAACAGUCUGGAUGCUGCUGGAUGGUUCAUGGUGCAUUUUCCAUACUGUCCCAACUUUUUGAUUUGGGGUUGUAUAAUGUGAACCUUAUUUUAUGUAAGCCUAGAUUUAUUUAUGAAAUGCUUCAAGUGUUCUGUGUGGAAAAAAAACAUGAUGCACCAAUAAAAACUUGUGCAUGGUAA